CACAACCGAAGAUGGGGCUCAUCGUCAGACAGGUCAUUAAGCCCUCUGAGGAUGAACUCGGUACAUACUCCAAGCUGCUAGCUGAGGCCUUCGGUUACGGGUUCUUUGGUAGCGCAUUGAACAACGAUAAGACGUUACAGGAGCCUAUGAUGUCCGCCCAUAUGAACGCCGCCCUUCUCGAGAAUGUCGGCGAAGUAGACAUAGCCGAACUUCCCGAAGUGGGCGUUGUAGGAGUGGCUGUGUGGUUUCAUCCUGGACACGAGUACCUCGACUCUGAAGCUCAGCUGAAUGCUGGACACAAUCAAGUGAUGGCAGGAUUGCCUGUUGAACUGCAGAACUGGUGGAAGGAGUUCCUCGAAACCUAUGGCAAAUUGACAGAUCGCGUCCUCGGUCAUGGCGUGAAGCUUGGCGCGUACCAUUUGCAACUCAUUGGCGUAUCUCCAGUGCAUCAACGCAAGGGUGUUGCAACGGAACUAAUAAGAUACAUAGAAGCAAAGGCUUGUAAAGAUCGUGUUCCCUGCGUUUUGGAGACUGUAGGGAAGACAAACCUAUCAAUCUACGAAGCUAUGGGUUAUCUCAUCAAGGGAACAGGCACGAUCAAGACGCCUCCGCCACACACAGGAAAAUUCGAAAUGGCGGUUUUGCUGAAGCACACAGAGGAACAGGGUUCUGUGGAGUGA